AUGGCAGACCCCGUGCCGGCGCUACCUCUGUACCCAUCGACCCGCGGCUUCCAUUGUCUGCGUGCCAAUUGCGUCUACUACGCGCAUGACGAAGCAACGAUGCGCCGACACGUCAAGAGUCAUGGCACCAAGCCCGCUCUCGGCACGACAUUUGCGCGCUGCAAGGUCCAGCAAAUCGCCAAAGGCAAGUACAUUUCGGUGACCCUUGCGCAACGUGGCGACAUCCCGCUCUCAACGUUGACCGAGCCCACUGCAUUGACGAACGACGAUGCGACGCCACCCACGGUUGUCGCGCGCGCCGAGCCCGUGCAAGAGUCCACGCCAACGGUGGCCACGACGGUGGCAGGUCGGGAGCCCGUGACAGAAGAAGCGAGUGCGCCAGGGUCACGAAGAGGGACAUGGACCCAACGGCAGGUCUGCUGGCCGUACCGAUUCACCAAACGCUCGACACCAGCCGUCAUCGAUCUCACGAUGAGCCCGCCUGUGGUCGUGGACCUCACGCUGAGCGACGACGAGUCCGAGUCGGACUUGGAUCUGCCACUGAGCCCGCACUCGUACGCCGACCUGUGUCGGCGGGCGAGGAACGCCACCGACACGUAUAACGUCUAA